AUUUUUCACACUCGUCCAAAAUAUUCCCACCAUUUAUUAGCUUACCCUUAUCCUCUCUUCAUAAAAGAACAUAAGAUUGGGCCUCACCACCUUGGACAUGGAGCAGAACCAAUUAGAGAGGUGGGAAGGCAAAGCCUCCAUCCAUCUCCCAAACACCAAGGCUGAUCAAGUCUGGCCUCUCAUUUCCAACUUCUUCAGCAUUCACUUGUGGCUCCCCGACGUCGCCGUGUGCGAGAAGGUGGCCGGCCUCGAAGGCCAACCGGGCAGCAUUCGGUACUGCGCUACGGCGCCGGGCGAUGGCAAGAAGCCCGAGAUUUGGGCCAAGGAAAAACUGCUAGCUUUCGAUCCCGUGGCUCGGAGCUACUGCUACGAGGUCACUGACAGCAACAUGGGGUUCGAUCGGUACGUCUCAACGUUCAAGGUUCUCGAGGAGGAGGGAGAAGGUGGGUGCAAGCUCGAGUGGUCGUUCGAGUCCGGACCGGUGGAGGGCUGGACCCAAGAUAGCUUGGCUGCUUAUCUGCUGACUGGUCUCGAAUUCAUGGCCAACAAAGUGGAAGAAGUCCUGAAAGCUUCUCCGGCUUUUGCUCCUCCUACUAGUGAGUAAUAAGAUACAUGGUGCAAUUUCUUUCUUUCUUUCUCAGUACUGUUUAAGAUAUAUGUGGGGGUGAUGCAUGCCAUGCCAUAUCAGUGUGUGGGAAUAAAUCCUUGGUCAUUAAUAUUGUAUUAAUGACUUUUAUUCGAGAAUAAAGUGCAAGUAGUUUGCAUAUGGUCUAUUUUGUCA